CGAUGCUGAUGCUGAUGCUGACGCUGAUGGAUGGCUCUGUCUAGGUGUCUUCUGGAGCAGCAGCACGUACCAACAGCCCUAGCAUCGCGUAUAGUUGUUGUGUAAUAUGUAUGCGCGCAAAAAAGGAAGAUGGACUAGUGAAAAUAGACGAAGCGCUUACCUACCUCGAGGUGUCGAGUGUCGAGUCCAAGCCUCGUGACCUGAGGAUAGUCCAAGAAUCCCAAGUGUCGUGGUGUCGUAGUGUUGUACUUGUUGUGGUUGUUUAUGUUAUUAUCGUCGUCGUUGCGUUGCAGGCCGGGCAGCUACUACUGCUGGUGAUGAUGGACGUCGCUAUUCUAGGCAAGAAGAAGCGUGAGAUUGUCCUGUAUGUGAGCAGAUCAGAAGAGGGAAGGGGCGGACGAGAGAUUCGGGGAAAGUGAGACGGUCUGACGGGGAAGGGGGCACUGGCCUGUUUUCAAUUGUGAAUGGCAACAUGGGAAGGU